AUGUCGUCUCGAUUUCCCCCUUCGUCCGGGUUUAACUCCCGCGAUCGUUCCCCUCAACGAUUCGGGGACCGUCGGCAACCUGUCGGUUCUCGCGGCCUCGACGACGGGAGUCCUUCAUUUGGCAGAGAACCUCCGCGUGGCCCACGGGCACUCGUCGACUCCCCAGGUCGGGGUGGCUCCUUUGGAGCCAGUGACCGGUUUGGUGGAGGUGGAGGCGGUGGCCGUGGACGAGGUUAUGGCCGUGGCGGCGACUUUCGAGAUCGAGAUCGAGAUCGAGACCGAGACCGAGACCGUGACCGAGACCCAAGAGAUCGCGAGCGCGACUUUCGAGACACGCGUGAUGGACCACCAUUCCGGCGCGAUGCCGAUCGCGACUACGGUGGUCGCCGGGACCGUGAGUUCGAUCCACGACCUGAUCGCAUAGGUUUUGGUCGAGGUCGUUCCCGGUCACCUACACGCGAUUUUCGCGAUUCAAGAGAUCCUCCGGGCCGCGAUUUCGAUUUGGUGCGCAUGAGACGCAACUCUCGGGAUAGUAUCCUGUCUGCAUCGUCUGGAGGACCCGAUGGCCCCCCUUCAAGUGGUGGUCAUCCGCAUGGUGGUGGCUCGAUGCGGGGCCGUGGCCGUGGUGACUGGGAAGGAGGUCGCGGACGUGGUCGUGAGCCGUUCCGCCGUCGAAGUCGAUCUCGUGAUGGUCGCCUUGGCUGGCCGGGUCGUGGACGACCCUCUAUCUUGGAUCGUGAUCGCGAGCGAGAUCUGCUGGAUCGUGAUCGUCCCGUUGAUCGCGACCGCGACCGCGACCGCAUGCUUGACCGAGAUCGAGAUCGGGAUCCUGUACGGGACCGAGAUCGUGACCGUGAUAUGGACCGGCGUGAUCGAUUUGAGCGAAGAGACGAGUGGGAAGCUCGUCGGCCAGAUCGUGAAGAUCGUGACCGUCCCCCAGAGCCUUGGAAACGCGAUCGUCCUCCAAGCCGAACCGAUAAUAGAGGCUCAAUUGCCUCGACUGUCGCCUCAACGUCUCAUGUCGCUCCCGGUCCAGGUUCGACGGUACCAGAUCGAUUGUCUGAGCACGACCCCACCGAACAAACGCAACGAAAAGCAUCUAUCAUCUCUGGACCUCCGACAGGAGAGCUCCGACGUGAUAGUGAUCGACCCGAGCCAGCCCCAGUCCGAUUCGAACCUCCCAAGGAUGUAGGACUCCUUGGUCAGCAAUCUCCUCCACCAUCAGCUCCCCAAGUUCCCGCGUUUGGCUCUGUCUCUGCACCUAUCCCCGCGGCCGAAAAGGAACGACAGCCCUUUCAACCACCCACCGGCCCGAAAGCUGAGCGAAGCCUGUCAUUGCAACCACUCGACUCUCGUGUUCAUCCAUUCGAUGGCAAUCACCGCCAGGAAGAGGCGGCCCGCGCCGCAAGAGCGUCUACUCACCUGUCUGACCGUUCCCCGCCGACGGCCCCUGCUGCAAUGGCCAAACGAGAUUCGAUAUCCGGGGUUGGUGAACCAUACGCACCUGGAAAGUCCAGUGUUGUUACCACUUCUCCAACCUUCGCUCGACUUCCCCCGCCCGCUCCUCGAGCGCAAUCUAGAGAUCCCUCGAUCUCUCCUCGGAUGCAACCAUCGAGCAUUCCGACCGGCCCACGAGCCUACCAGAGACGGCCGAGUUCAUCACCGCGUGGUGGUGGUAACAAGGGGGUCAAGUCAUGGGGCCGUUCUAGUUUUGGGCGCGCUCCGUCUGUAUCAACUGCUCCGCCAAAGAAAGAGCCCGAUGAGCAUGAGGGGAAAAUACCAGCUGAUGAUAAACUGCAUCACGGCGCUUCGCCUGAAACCACGUUCGUGCCAGAAGAGCCCAAGAUCAUCAAAGAUGCUGUACGUGAUGCAGUGAAGACAACUCCCCCACGCUCCGGUUCCCUUGAGCUUCCCAUCAGAACCUCUCCACCACCUGUCUCAUUUGCGGAUGCCAGGCCCACCAGGGAAAAAGAAAAUAUUGGACGGUUCAAUGAUGACCACGAACUACAAGAAGACAAAGAGCAGGAGCCGGAUGUGGAGAUGGAAGUUGAAGAAGAAGAAGAGGAGGAAGAGGAGGAAGAGAAAGUCGUUUUCACCAAGGAAUAUCUGGAAGAGCGAAAGCAGAUAUUUGAAAAGGACAUGCAGUCUCUUCGGUCCGAAUUACCUCCUUCACCCUUGGAAGAUCCGACCAUCGUCUCUCUCUUGCUGCGAAUUCAGAUGCUUGGCAAAAUUGCCAAUGAAGAGAAACUCGCCCAGCCCGCUGCCCCUAUUCCAUCCGUCGAAGACGAAGAAGAACCGUCAACUGCCGCGGCCAACGAGAAGGUGGUUUCCUUUGCCCCGACGGUCCUCGAUCGCAAGUCAGAGUCUGUACCCCUCACGGUUGUUCCUCAGAUUGCCGCGCGCGAUGAAAUCACCGUCGAGCGCCUGCCAUUUUUGCAUUCGGGGCCUCCCACCCCCAUUUCUGAUAUGGAAGUAUGCCACGAGAACAAUUCAACUCAGGAUAGCCUCAAGGAUAUGAUUCAAGGUGAGCUUUCCAGGCGACAAAAGGAGGUUGCAAAGAAGAAUGCCGCUCUUCGGGAGGAGUACAUGGCUUAUUACAAGCGUUGGCGCUUGGCUGUUUGGGAGAUGGAUCGCUUGAAAGAAAAGAAACCCAUGACGCCUGGUCCUGCUUCCCCUCCAGCACCGCCAGUUCCUACUCCUCCAGCGGCUGCCCCCGAAGGCCGGGAAGGCCGACGGUACAAAGGAAACAGCGAACUCGAUUUCCUGAACGCAUUGAAAGCAUCCGAAAUCUCGGCUCAGGAGGAGCUUGAACGCCGACGAACGAAAAUGGCGACUGCUCGACCCGACCUGGUCCGCGAGGCAGUGAUCCCGGAUAUGCUGGAACCUCUAGAGGUGAAAGCCGGCAUCUACAAGGAUGUCAACAACACCAUCGACCCUAACCACGCGAUGGAAGUGUUUGGUUUCCUGCCACCACCCAAUGACUUUACUCCAGAGGAGCAUCAGUUGUUCACAGAUGCUUUCAUGGCGUACCCAAAGAAAUGGGGCAAGAUCGCACAAUCCCUGCCUGGCCGUGAUUUCAAGCAGUGCAUUGUUCACUAUUACCUUACCAAGGAAGAGAUCAAGUACAAGGCCAAGCUGAACAAACGCUGGAGUCGGCGCGGCAGAGGAAAAGCCCGGUCUUCUCGACCCAAGUCCAAUGCUUUGAUUGCCGAUCUGGGUGUUGUCAAGCCUGACUUUGACGGUGAAGAAGAGCAGCCUCCUCCUGUCACCGACACUGGACGCCCACGGCGUGCGGCAGCCCCCACCUUUGGUGAUUCGAAUGAAGCCGAAGGCGCCGCCACCACUGGUCGCCGAGGCCAAGCCGCUAAAGACGGUGAACCCACGGAGAAGCCAGCUGCUCGGCGUGGUGGACGUGCUGGCGGUGCUCGUACUCAACGGCGUGGUGCGAAAACCAACCAACAGGAUUCCAAAGCCCCGACCCCGGCUCCUCAGGGCAAUCCUCCUCUUGCUGCAGCCCCCAAGGUGGAGUUGGGCGUGGACGGAAUGGUCGAGGCCAUUUUGCCACAGGAGAAAGAAGCUGUGGAGAAAGAGGCUCCACCACCCUCCUCUCGUCCCAGAGGUGGUCGUGGAAGAGCGAAGGAGGGGAUGUAUGUCUUUGAAUCCACAGAAGUUGAGCCAGUCAUGACGACACCCAAAGCCUCGGAGGGUGGGUAUGGGUCUCUGCAACCGACGAGCUACUGGUCUGUUCCUGAGCAACGCGAUUUCCCGCGCUUGCUAGCACACUUUGGCCGUGACUUUGAGGGUAUCUCAAAUUUCAUGAAGACCAAGACGACGGUGAUGGUGAAAAAUUACUACCAGCGGCGUCUUGACUCGGGACAGAAGGAUUUCGAAGAGACUGUGUUGAUGGCGGAGGAAAAGAAAGCUCGUGGUGAACCAACCGGUCCUCUUCCAGUCCCCAGCGUUGCUCCGAAGCGCCGUUAUGAAGCAACCCCAUCAGCCAUUGUUCCACGCCCGCUCGCACCCCUUGGCGAGCUGAUGCCCGAGGCGGAAGAUGGACGAUUCCCUCCCAAAGGCAAACCCAUUGCAAUGUCACCCCAACCAAUGUCAUUGCACGGCCGGAUUAUGCCCGAAAAUGAACGGACUGCCAAUCGAUACGCACCACUCGCGCAGGCUUCCACUGGCGCAGCUGUACCCUCCGUUGCUGCUACUCUUGGUGAUGAUGGUUCCCGAGCAAUGCGAACACAGGCUUCGUCCUCUCGGAUUCCAGGUCCCCGCCUCGGAUUCUUCACCGAUGACCGGCGCGAUUCCGCAAUCUUGCCAGCCACCAGUCAGCGUGCGCAAGAAAUGCAGAUGCCCUCGCGUCAUACUGCGGCGGCGGGCAUGCCUCAAGAGCUGUCCCGAAUGGAUCCUUUGUCUUCGCAGGCUUACAUACCAGGGCAGCCACCUCCAUCUCUUAUACCACCUUCUCAUUCACGCCAUCCCAGUCUUACGCAAGCCCCUGGCUCGCCAUCGCAACUGUCACGACCGGAGCUUGACAUAUCCUCCGUUCAUCGCGAUCCUUUCGCCCAAAGGGCCUAUUACUCGCUACAGGGACAACCGGGCGGACUGUCUCACUCUCCUCGUCCAGGUCUGUCACCAGUCAAAGAUACUCUGCGUCCCAGCGCCACACCGGUACCCGAGUCAACCUCCCGUCAAGUCCCUGCUAAGCGCUCGAACAUUAUGAGCAUUCUCAAUGAUGAGCCCGAAGAGCCUCAGCCACGGAAGCGUUUCGCCAGUGAAGUCCCUCCUGGUCCCGGUUCUGGCGCUGUAUCCGCCUCAAGGUCUGUCUACCAACCUGGAGACCCAGCUCGUCUCGAGGAACCAGGAAUGCCUGGGUCUGGACAGAAGCCUUCUAGCUAUAGUCAGCCAAGCCCAUACCAGACGCCAUCUCGUGGAUAUCCAGAAUACGGCAAUUAUGGGCCCCCUCAGGUUGGCUCAGGGACUGCUGCAAAUAAUGACUGGAUGGCGCGCUUCGACCCCAGAGCGCAACAAGCAGGUCCACCAACGCAAGCUCAGCCGCCGCCAUCAUCCCAAAGUGGUCGUCCGGUAUCGUCACUGUCUGCCCAAGGCUCCUAUGGACAUUAUGCAUCCGCGCAAUCUCAACAUGCUGGCCCACUAAAUGCCAUGCCUGUUCCGUCUCCGGCACCUACCCCGCCACCGGCUGCUUCUCAGCGAUCUGCUUAUCCUAGCGUCUUCUCACAGCCUGGUGUCCCAUCUGGUGCCCGUGAAAUGGUCUCACAGCCAUCGGCGUACCGACCGGCAUCGCCACCUCCACGAGCCAGCAGUGCUGUCUAUGGCUCUCGUCCGGAGCCACCCACACCAUCUCAGUCCUCGACCAGUCUAUUCGGCAUGGCGUCUCGCCAACCUGGCUCGCAACUUUCGUACUCCCCCGCUGCACCGUCUACCCCUGCUGCUCAGCAACACAGUCAAAGCUACCAUCAACACGUCCAGACUAUGGUCAAUGGUUCCCACCAGCCACAUCGCUCAAACGCUGUCGGACUGGCCGGUGGUCCUUCGCAAUAUGGACAGAACACUCCUCCACCGCAGGCCCAGGGUCGGUCGAUGCCAUCAUUGGCAAGCCUCGGGCGGUCUUACACCCCUCCAUCAGCCAUGCAUCAUGGCGGCAUGGGCUACGCCCAACCACCGCCGUCAUCGUCGGGUGGGAUCCCAUCAUUGCAUCAACGACCUCCGGGCCCUGGUGAGCCAGGUGUUCACACGUCUGGUCAUCACCGGGUCUACAGUCAAGGCUCGGUUCAAGGGGGUAUACCGGGUCCAUUGCAUCCGCAAUCGCAGCCGCCUCGCUAA